UGUUGAAUUAUUUGAAUUAUUUCGGAGUUUGUUUUCCACGUUGUUCGGUAAAAUGUCCCAAAAGCAGACCGCAGAGAUGGCGCAGCCACCGCGCGGCAUUAGGCUGGAGAACGAGAAGCAGACUGUCGCGGAGGCUCUCAAUUUUAUGAAGCUGGAGUGCAUGCAUCAGCCAGAGGCAGCAAAGCCCAAGGAGCCCGAGGGUCCCACAGUGGCCGACGAGCUGAAUGCCCGCCUGGCCAUGGUCCAUGUGCGCGAGAAUCGAGCGAAACGCAUCAAGCGUUUGGUCAAGUUUCCUGCAACCGAGCAACAACCAUUGUACAAGUUCAUCUGCGUGUGUCCCCGCUACCAUCCCUGCUACGGACCCUGCCAGCACACGGGCCAGAUCAUCAUCGAUCGCGAUGUUUUGUCGCGCGAGGAGCACAUUUGUUUUCUGGCCACACCCAAGAAGGACAUGACCUCACCGCAACUAUUCAAGCAGCCGAUUUACUACACCAAAAAGUACUUCAUGCCCACGUGCACGGCCCGCAUUGAACGCCUGGCAGAUCCCCUGCCUGUCCGUGUAAAGGACACGUUCAAGACCUACAAGAACGUGCUCGAGCCCCGUCAAUUAACCGCCUUGCAGAACCAGAUGAAGCCCAAGCCGCCCGUUGAGGUGAUGACCAUGGACAAGGCGCUGGAGUACUUGGAGGAGGAGAUGCGACAACGACGAACGGCCAAGCAACUGCAUCGCCGCCGCUGCAAGAGCCUAAAGAAGCGAAUCCUCAAGCGGCAACGCAAACAGAUGGAGAAGAUCGUCUGCGUGCUGUUCGAGGAGAUGAAGGAUUUCCUGCUCAACGAUCAGUUUAUCGUUGAUGAAAAUUCACCGCUCUGUGCUGUGAUACUGGACAAGAUCAGAGAGUUUACGGACCAAGAGUUCUACACGACCAGCAACCUACGUGAAUAUCAAAAGAUAUUGGCCAACAAUUUAACCGUUUGGAUCAACAAGUUCAUCUCCAAUUUGAACAUUUACUUGGCACCACAACAGAUUCCCGUGCAGCGUACAAUGAUGGCCGAAGAAGAUCCGGAACAGUUUGUGCCACUGUCCGAUUACAUUUCGCUGUCCGAACACAUGGGUGAGAUGACCCAAGAGACAGUUCCGACUGGCUAUGACUAUGAGGACUAUGGCAAUGAGGAAUAUUUGCCUGGCGUACUGACCGCAGCCGAUGAGGCCUCUGUGGACACACUGACAAACGCACUUUAAGCUUACCCUUGAGUUGAGACCAAGUGAGCUCCUUGUAGACGCCAUUGCUAUGCACCUUGGCGCUGUGAUUCUUUAGUAUGUCCACCGGCAUCGCACGGAACAGGAAGUGCAGAAAAUUCUAUAGUAAAAAGAACCCAAAUUUAAAUGUAACACUCCAAAAUCAAUAGUAAAUGUAAAUGAUUUUUAUGCG